AUGCCCGCAGCACCGGAUGAACCUGCUAGGCGCAAGCGACCGGUUAGAAAGUAUACGUCCCGAGCCUGUGAAACAUGUCGACAACGACGAGCUAAGUGUGAUGGCGCUCGACCGUCUUGCUCUCGCUGCCUUGAUCGUGGUGUUCAAUGCGAGUACUCCACAGCAGAGGACGGGCGGCAGCCAGCGCCCAAGUCCUAUGUAGUCAUGCUGCGCAAUCGAAUUGAACUCUUGGAGCGUGUAAUACACACCCAUGGCAUUGAUCCUGAUGCUGCCAUCCAAUUGAUGACGAAAAAUGGCGAGCCUAACACUGAGUGGGUUCCGGCUUGCUCGAAUGUUGAUGACUUGUGUACUACGUUUGACGGUGCGCUGACGCUUGACGAGUCAUUAAAUUUCGAUCAAGAUGGCGAAGUGCGGUAUUUUGGACCGACAAGUGGGCGAUUGCUGUUUCGAUCUUCAUCAAAAGAUUCGCCCAACGAAGAGGCAUAUCAGUCCGACGGCCCUCACAAGGGGACUGGUGAAACAUUGCUGAAUGGGAGUACAGACUCGUUGGAAGAAAGCUUGAUACCAGAAGACGGGCUUCGAUCUCACUUGAUCGACCUGUAUUUUGAGUGGGAACAGCCAUGGCUUCAGAUGGUGAACGAGCAACUGUUUCGAGAUUCCAUGAGACACGGCGGGCGAUACUUUAGCCCUCUUCUUUUAAAUUGCAUCCUCGCUUUAGGGUCACGAUACUGCGACCGCACUGACGUGAGAUCAGACCCUAAUGAUUCCAACACAGCCGGCAAGAUAUUUCUCGAAAGGGCAGAAAAAUUGCUUCAAAAUGAUCUCAGAUGGCCCAAGAUCACAACAAUCCAGUCUUUGGCAAUUAUGGGCAUGGCCUAUAUUGCGAUGGGAUCUGACGCUGCUGGGUGGCUUCAUCAAGGUAUGGCCAAUCGCCUGGCCCUGGAUAUGGGUUUCAACAUGGAUCCUUCGGUUCUUUCCGGAGCAGUUGCUCUUUCAUCCAUCGAAAUUGAGCUGCGAAGGCAGAUCUAUUGGGCUUUGUAUUGCCACGACAAACUAUCAGCAAGCUACACAGGCAGGGUGUGCACGUUACUGGACUCCCAGGGUGUCGUCAACAAACCAUUUCUUUUAUGUGCCCCGGAUGUCCAUUUGCCUUCAGCAAAUGGCAAUGGACAAUUGAGGGCCGCCUCUCAAAGAGACGUGGUACAGUUGCAUAUAGCAAUGAUCGACCUGUGUCGUAUAUUCGAGAAAGUCCUCCUUACAUUCUGGUCUCCAAAGCCACUCCUCCAACCCCAACAACGUUCUGCAUUUUUAGACACCUGUGUGCUUGAACUCAAGACCUGGUACUACGAUCUUUCCCCAGAGCUCAAAGUUGACCGUCCAUCUGGUCCCUCCCGGUUUCCUCACACCUACACUUUAUACAUGGUAUACCAUACUGUGUGCAUUUUACUUUGCGUGCCCUUUUUGAGCAACAACUCUGCCACUCAAGAUGUUGGUGAUCCCGCAGACCCACAGACGCAACAAAACAGGAGCCACACAAAAUCGGAGCCUGCCUGUAAACAGAAAGUCAUGAUAAUAUGCAGUAACUCCGCCCGAGGAAUGUGCAUCGUGGCCCAGAAAUACAGACAGACAUUUGGCAGCUUCAAACUGAGCCCCAUAACAGCCACACACUGCAUGCUAUCAGCGGCAUCGAUCAUCAUUGAAAAAUGGUGUGUUGAUCCCGCCAUGAAACCUGAUACAGGUAACCCGACCGUGCGAGGCCCGUCACCACAAGCAGCUGUGGGACUCUGCCUUCAGGUUCUGCAAGAACUCUCGACGUCCUGGGAUAUCGCAAAGCGUAUCGGACGGAAUUUGGAGAAAUUGUAUUGCCAACGACUGAACUGUGAUAUUGAUCAUAUGCCGCCCGCCCCUUCAUUCGAAUGCAAUGGCCUUUGGACAACUCCGUAUCAACCAACAGACGCGGAUCUCUAUCUAGGCCCCGUGGCCCCGACUGAGCCACUCCAAAGUCUCCCCGACCCGAAAGACCUGCAUGUUAAAAAUACCCCUUUGCCCCCACCACUUCCAAACAUCAAUUGGUUUGAUGUUCCUACUCCGAGCAACACUCACCCACAUGAUAACAACAGCUUGAUUGGACCUGGAGCAGCCUCUGACCCAAACGAGCUGUUUAUCAACAACCUCGGCUUUGCAUUCUCUGCCAAUUCUCUACCUAGCGACUACAAUAUGUUCGAUACAUUGAACCAAAUGUAUUUAGAAGAUAUAUGGUGA